UUAUGUCUGCACCUCAGUCUUCUCAUUUGUAAUAUGGGGAUAAUAAUAGUACCUAUCUUAUAGGUUUGUUGUAAGAAUUGAAUGGUUUAUUACAUGUAAAGUGCUUAGACAAAGUACUGGCAUAAAGCAAGAGUUGGAUAAAUAUCAGGAUCAUUAUUAGCCAUCUGGGGGAACUUCAACUGGAUUUGGAGUCUGGGCAGCCAACUGGAAAGGCCUGCCUAGGAGUGUCUUGUGAAUGUGAUUUGCAUAACGGUCGAACCCCAGCUGACGUAAAGGGCUUCUUGCAGCUCCCGAUCAGAUGUAGCCCUGGAAGUAGUUCCUGCCACACAACAGUCCCACAAUCUCCCCACCAACGCUGCUUCCUACCCAACUCCUGCAGGACCAGGAAGUGAAACAAAGAGGCAGAGCCCCAUGCCUUCAACUCACCCUUGGCCCUCUCAUCCCACCCUCCAGAGCUCCACUUCCUCCUCUUGCUUUUCACCUUUCACCUCCUAUCUUUGAGGGCUCCCAGAAUGGGGGGCAGAGGUGGGAAGAGCACAGGAGACAUUAUAUACAAGUGAAGCGAACUCCUCUAUGCCCCUCCCUCCAAUUUCCUUAUUCCAUUUGUGUCCACCCAAUGUAGGAAAAGGCAAGCCAUUUCUCACCCAAACUGAGAUAAUUCUUUGAUGCUGGCAGUGUUUUCAUCCAAAGAGUAGAUUUACCACAGAAUCGUAAUAUUUGAACCUGAAGUUUCUCUGGGCAGUUUUGAAUAGCUCUAGGAUAAAGGUGACCUCCAUUAAGGGCAAAUUUCUCAGAAGAAAAGGGUCAACCUCUUGGGGAAGGUUGAGGGGCCAGCUGUGUGGUCACCUAUGGCCUCAUUCUGACACCCAAAUUCUUCUGGGACCCUCCACUGGGGUUGGGGCAGUCCCAACUUUGGACCACCCUCUACUCCCACAUCCAACCUCACAACCUCAGUUGUUUCACUAGAUGUUGCAUCAGGGAGGGUGAUGAAAUCAGUGACAUGGAUUUUACCCAGGGAUGCAACAGGCUGAAGGAAUAGCAGAGUCAAAGACACUACGUACCUUUGACUACCAGAACUCUGGGGCCUUCUAGCCACAGAAUAGGGCUUGAGUGCUGGAAUAUCUAAGCUAAAUUUCUAGCCUUUGCUUAUGCUGGGAUCCAGGAAAAAAAUUAACUGUAUCCCACAGAGCCCAUGAGAAUUUAGGCUGCUAGGGCUGAAGAAUCAAGUGGUUCUUAGCUAGUAACCCUCUUCCCACAGAGCCCUUCUUACGUCCCAGAAGCAACAAGACCUUAGGCUGAAGACCUCAGGCUGUGUUCUCAUACGCUUCCUAGUUCACAAAGUACCUUCACAUCGCUUCUCUCCUUUGAAACCAGGACCAUCCAAGUGAAAAUAAGGCUGUUUCCAGUGAAGAAAAAGAAGUCCCUUAUUCCUAGAUAGGGGGCAUCAGGUAGGAAUCAAAUUUCAUUUCAAAUUGAGCUCAGCUUGCUAUGGGGAGAUGAAUGAAUGCUUUUGUUUUGGUUUUUCCUCAGGCAGGACAUGAGGAAAUCAGGUUUGGGGUGGGGUAGUGGUAUAGCUUUGAGAGGCAAAAAGAUCAGAGAAAGAUUGAACAGGAAGGAACUUGAGACCAGAUUAAUUUAAAUAUUCAUUACCCACCCACCCCAGCCCCCUCUUCCACAGCCAUUUCUAUUCCUGGAGAGCAUUACACAUGUGUCCCAUCCCAGGCCUCUAGCCACAGCAACCACACGACUCAUUUCCCGUGGAACUGAGGCUGCAUACCUGAGCUCCCCACAGAGGGAUGAUGCAGGGAGGGGAAUCCCACCUGCUGUGAGUCACCUGCUGGUGUAAAGGGCGGACCUUAAAAAGAGACUCAGAGACAAAGGGAGAAAAACAGGAAGCAGCUCAGAAACUCUCCAUGAACAGGGGGAACCAAACCAGAGACACAGAACAGAGAAUCAGGCUCAGAGCAAGUUGAAGUGGGCAGAAAUUCUAAAGGCUGCAAGGCAGAAAGCCAUCCAGACUUGAGAAGCAGGCAACAAGAUGUUGGGAAGCAGAGCUGUGAUGCUGCUAUUGCUGCUGCCCUGGACUCUUCAGGGUCGGGCUAUGCCUGGGGGCAGCAGCCCUGCCUGGGCCCAAGGCCAGCAGCUCUCACAGAAGCUCUGCACUCUGGCCUGGAGUGCACAUCCACCUGUGGGACACAUGGAUCUACUUAGAGAAGAGGGAGAUGAAGAGACUACAAAUGAUGUUCCUCAUAUCCAGUGUGAGGAUGGUUGUGAUCCCCAAGGACUCAAGGACAACAGUCAGUUCUGCUUGCAAAGGAUUCACCAAGGUCUGCUUUUUUAUGAGAAGCUACUAGGAUCAGAUAUUUUCACAGGGGAGCCUCCUCUGCUCCCUGAUGGCCCUGUGGGCCAGCUUCAUGCCUCUCUACUGGGUCUCAGCCAACUCCUGCAGCCUGAAGGUCACCACUGGGAGCCUCAGCACACUCCAAGCCCCAUUCGUAGCAAACCAUGGCAGCGUCUCCUUCUCCGCUUCAAGAUCCUUCGCAGCCUCCAGGCCUUUGUGGCUGUAGCUGCCCGGGUCUUUGCCCAUGGAGCAGCAACCCUGAGUCCCUGAAGCCAGCAGCUUAAGGAUGGCACUCAGAUUUCCAUGGCUCAGCAAUGCGAAGAUAAAACCUACCAUCCCAGACCCCUGUGAGCCAACCAGUUAAUUAGUCCAUUAACUAUAAUAGGACUUGCAUAUUUGAAAAAUUACCAAUACUGACUGACUUAUGAUGCUGACAAGGUUGAAUAUUUAUUAGAUGGGAAGGGAAAUUUUGGGAUUAUUUAUCCCAAUGGGAGCAGUUUGGGGAGGAGGAUUAUUUAUUAUAUUUAUUCUGGAUGGUGUAUUUUUUUCAAUAAAGAUUUAUUUAUGUGGCUAUGAGAGUCUAAUUUCCAGGCUUAGUUGGGAAAGAGAAACAGAUGGAAAAGCAGGGCCAAGGGACGACCAUGUGCAUCCUUUUCCUCUACUCUUAAAAGCUAAAGUAGAAAGUGGUAUUUUCUCAUGACCCCCUAGUGUAGAGAAUCUUUUUUUUUUUUUGAGACAGAGUCUCAGCAUGUCGCCCUCAGUAGAGUGCUGUGGUGUCACAGCUCACAGCAACCUCCAACUCUUGGGCUUAAGCUAUUCUUUUGCGUUAGCCUCCCAAGUAGCUAGGACUACAGGUGCUCUCCACAAUGCCCAGCUAUAUUUUUGUUGCAGUAUUUAGCUGGCCCUGGAUGGGUUCGAACCCACCACCCUCGGUGUAUGUGACUAGCGCCAUAACCACUGUGCUAUGGGUGCCAAGCCUGGUGUAGAGAAUCUUUUUUGGUAUUAAUACCUAUAUGGCUGAGCAAGCAGAAUGGUAUCACAAGAGUUCAAAAUUGGGAAGUGUGUUGGGCGGCGCCUGUGGCUCAGCGGGUAGGGCGUCAGACCCAUAUACUGAGGGUGGCGGGUUCAAACCCAGCCCCGGCCAAACUGCAACAAAAACAUAGCCGGGCGUUGUGGCGGGUGCCUGUAGUCCCAGCUACUUGGGAGGCUGAGGCAAAAGAAUCGCCUAAGCCUUGGAGUUGGAGGUUGCUGUGAGCUGUGUGAUGCCAUAGCACUCUACCAAGGGCGAUACGGUGAGACUCUGUCUCUACAAAAAAAAAAAAAUUGGGAAGUGUGGUCAUACCUCCUUCCCUACUUUCUUGGCUCAGAGUUAAUAGCCAAAGCCAGGAGCUCUGACCAUUGCAGGAUCCAGUGUCAGAGCUCAGUUGAGCAGGAAGGGCAUUCCAAGAAGAUAAAGGUAAAUUGCCCAAGCUAAUGGGAUUCUCCUUUAAAGGACAUCUGUUGGCCCUUUGGAAGGAGUUUGGUCACCUAAGAGGAACUAAACUUUGAAAAAAAAGAAGAGGCAAAGCAGGUGGAUUGCCUGAGCUCACGGGUUCAAGACCAGCCCAAGCAAGAGCAAGACCUUGAUGGGCAUUGUGGUUGGUGCCUGUAGUCCCAGCUACAUAGGAAGCUGAGGCAAGGGAAUCACUUGAGCCCAAGAGUUUGAGAUUGCUGUGAGCUAUGAUGCCAUGGCCCUCUACUGAGGGUGACAAAGUGAGACUAUGUCUUUUUUUUUUUUUUUUUUUGUGGUUUUUGGCCGGGGCUGGGUUUGAACCCACCACCUCCGGCAUAUGGGACCGGCGCCCUACUCCUUGAGCCACAGGCGCCACCAGAGACUAUGUCUUGAAGAAAAAAAAGAGGAGGGGAAGGAGCUAGGGAUUAUUUCCUUUUCUUUUUUCUAUAGUUGUACAUCACAAAAGCAUGGGCUUUGGAGUCAGACAGACCCAGGUUUACACUGGCUUGCCACCAACCAGCUCAGUGACAAUAGGAUAGUUAUAUAACCAUUUGCCCCCUCCCUUAACACAUACAGAUCUCACAGCCCCACUGUGAGAGUCUAAGCAACAGGAGGGACUUUCCCAUUUAGGGAAGGAAGAAAAAACAAGACAAGAGGGAAAUGGGGGAGGCCACAGUUUGCUGAUUUCCUGCCUAUAUGGUUUGUUGGUAUCCCUAAGGACAUUAGUUUUUGUAUGUGGAGAAGUAAAGAAGUUCAGAGAUGAAACACUUCCAGGUGAGCAAAAAGUUUAUUAGCCAUUUAUGCUCAAAAGGGCCCAUUUCUGAACAGAACUGUUGCUCUGACCCAGCAGGCAAGAAACAGCCACAUGUGCAGGACCUCACUCCCAUUCAUAUCUCAAGUUACACCAAAAGCACCUCUUAGAGCAAUGGCAAUUGCCCCCGGGAUUCCCUGGGAACAGCCAAGGUGUGAGGUUGUCUAGAGGCCUAUGACAAACCUUCAAGAUUUUAAGUUCUGGGAACUUGGUCUUUGCCCAGGUCCACACCCAAGGAAUAGAUUCCUUUCAGGUAAACAACAUAUUGUACAAAAACAACAUAUUGUACAAAAGAAAGAGGAUGAUGAUGCUAUAAUAGAGAAAUAGUUCAGACCCAGUGCUUCUCUUCUGUAAAAACACAAAAUUCCAAAUCUUUUUUUUUUUUUUUGGCUGGGGCUGGGUUUGAACCCACCACCUCCAGCAUAUGGGGGCCCUACCCCAUUGAGCCACAGGCGCCCAAAACACAAAAUU